GCCGCCUCCUCUGCGCGGCACGGCGGGCCCGCUCGCUCGCUCGCGCCGCCGCCGCGGCUAUAAAGGCGGGGCCGCCGCUCGCCGCCUUCUCUCUCUGCUCUCCGGGGCGCAGCGCGUGAGUCGGGGCCGGGCCCAGCGCCGCCCCGGGCCGGGACCGCAGGGCAGGGCGCGGGGAAGCGCGCGGCGCCGGGUGAGCGCGGCUCCGGCCCACUCCUCCCUCCCUCCCUUCCACCCUCAACGGCCGCCGCGUGUCCGUGCGUUGCCCCGUUAGAGCCGUUCCGUUUUACCGCUCUGUCUCUAGAUAGAAAUAGUAUGAACCUGCUAGAGGUGGUUUAAUUUUCGAGGACAGGUUCGUAUAAAUACGUAUCUAUAUUACAGAGAGAAUUAUUUUUCCAGGUUUUUUCCCCCUCUUCUUACCUCAGCCUCUGCUCAGGAAAUUUGAGGUGAAUUUAGACUCUUAAAGUGAGUGACGUGAUUUUAAGGAGAUUGAGGAGGGUCUUGACCCAGAGCUGAGGGCAGAAACGCUCAGGAGCCGGUGUGUGGAUUUUGGCUUCCUCUCCAGGAGCCUUAACUUUGGGGUUUUUUUCCUAAUUUCCAGGCCUCCCUUUUCCCCUCGGCGGCUCCUGUCCCGGGGCCAGGCUCGGCCGUCCCGCGGUGCCCCCACUGCGCCCUCCCGGUCACCGGCCUCCUGCCAGCCCCCGCCCCCCCAGGCCGCUCCGGCAGGGCCCCGCUUAGUGAGGCUUUUAAAUAAGAGCCUGAGUUUGCCCUAGUUUAAAAAAAUUAACCAAAAAAAAAGAGCUUAAAGAGCCCGAGAGUGAAACUUGGAGCGCGUGCUGGGUGGAAGAUGAACACGGCCGCCAGCAGUUACCCGAUGGCCUCGCUGUACGUGGGGGACCUGCACCCCGAUGUCACCGAGGCCAUGCUCUAUGAGAAGUUCAGCCCCGCGGGGCCCGUGCUGUCCAUUCGGGUCUGCAGGGACAUGAUCACCCGCCGCUCCCUCGGGUACGCCUACGUCAACUUCCAGCAGCCCGCAGAUGCUGAGCGUGCUCUAGAUACCAUGAAUUUUGAUGUGAUCAAAGGAAAACCCAUUCGCAUCAUGUGGUCUCAGAGGGACCCCUCUUUGAGGAAGUCAGGAGUUGGAAAUGUCUUCAUUAAGAACCUGGACAAAUCCAUUGAUAACAAGGCACUUUAUGACACGUUCUCAGCGUUUGGGAAUAUUUUGUCCUGCAAGGUGGUGUGUGAUGAGAAUGGCUCUAAGGGCUACGCCUUUGUGCACUUUGAGACCCAGGAUGCCGCAGAUAGAGCCAUCGAGAAGAUGAACGGCAUGCUGCUCAACGACCGCAAAGUAUUUGUUGGGAGAUUCAAGUCUCGUAAGGAACGGGAGGCUGAGUUGGGAGCCAAGGCAAAGGAGUUCACCAAUGUCUAUAUUAAAAACUUUGGGGAUGACAUGGAUGAUGAAAGACUUAAGGAGCUCUUCAGCAAAUAUGGUAAAACUCUGAGUGUUAAAGUGAUGACAGACCCCACAGGAAAGUCCAAAGGCUUUGGCUUUGUCAGCUUUGAAAAGCAUGAAGAUGCUAACAAGGCAGUAGAAGAAAUGAAUGGAAAGGAUAUCAAUGGGAAAAUGGUCUUUGUAGGCCGAGCACAGAAGAAGGUGGAGCGCCAGGCAGAGCUGAAAAGGAAGUUUGAGCAGCUCAAACAAGAGAGGCUCAGCCGGUACCAGGGUGUUAACUUGUACAUCAAAAACCUAGAUGACACUAUAGAUGAUGAAAAACUGAGGAAGGAGUUCUCACCUUUUGGGUCAAUAACAAGUGCCAAGGUGAUGCUGGAAGAUGGACGGAGCAAAGGGUUUGGCUUUGUCUGCUUUUCCUCUCCAGAGGAGGCUACGAAAGCUGUGACAGAGAUGAACGGGCGGAUCGUGGGCUCCAAGCCCUUGUAUGUUGCACUAGCUCAGAGGAAAGAGGAGAGAAAGGCCCAUCUGACUAAUCAGUACAUGCAGCGCAUUGCUGGGAUGAGAGCCUUGCCUGCCAACACAAUCAUUAAUCAGUUCCAGCCUGCUGCUGGGGGAUAUUUCAUGCCUGCUGUGCCCCAGGCUCAGAGCAGACCCACUUACUAUGCACCCAACCAAAUGACACAGAUGAGACCCAACCCCCGCUGGCAGCAAGGAGGGAGGCCUCAAGGCUUCCAGGGGAUGCCCAGCGCCAUGCGCCAGUCUGGACCCCGGCCUGCCCUGCGCCACCUGGCCCCGGCCGGCACUGCCCCGGCCUCGCGGGGCCUCCCUGCUGCCCAGCGUGUGGGCGUUGGCACGGCCGCACAGAACCUGGCUCCUCGUCCUGCUGUGGCUGCUCCUGCCCCCAGAGCGGUUCCUCCUUACAAAUACGCCUCGAGUGUCCGCAGCCCCCACCCAGCUGUACAGCCUUUGCAGGCACCUCAGCCUGCAGUACAUGUGCAGGGACAGGAGCCACUGACAGCCUCCAUGCUGGCUGCAGCCCCUCCCCAGGAGCAGAAACAGAUGCUGGGAGAGCGUUUGUUCCCUCUGAUCCAAGCUAUGCACCCCAGCCUGGCAGGGAAGAUCACAGGAAUGCUGCUAGAGAUUGACAACUCGGAGCUGCUGCACAUGCUCGAGUCUCCCGAGUCCCUCCGCUCCAAGGUGGAGGAGGCUGUUGCAGUGUUGCAGGCUCACCAAGCCAAGAAAGAAGCUGCCCAGAAGGUCGGUGUGGUUGCUGCUACCUCUUAAACCAGGAAGACUGUCUGGAGCCAGGGUUGCCAUGUGGAGGCCACCCAUCUUCCUCUCUCCCCCCAGGAUGCCAAGAAGCCAAAUAGCCCCUUCACAGACAUCAGCUCUGGGUGUUUGAAGAUUCCUCAGUGUCCUGCAGGUCUCAGUGCCAUGCCUCACGCCACAUAGUUACGUUGCAUUUUGUAAAUUAACCUUUAAGGUGUUAUUUAAGAAGCCAACUCUGAAGCUCAAGGUCUCCAAACCCAGAACUGGGCUUGCAAGCUUUUCCUUUGUGCUCAGAACAGAGCUGCUCUUUGUGUCCCUCACAGGGGACAUGGAGGAGUUCAGGUUGAAAGUAUUUUGUGGUUUUGGUUUUAACUGAACAAUCCAGUUUGGAAAGUCUGGAAAGCAUUUAUCAAUAAAGGAAUAAACUCUC